CAACCUACUCCCACCACCACCCCACACCAAUCAUCAUCUUCUGUCAUCAUCACCAGUUCUCCCACACAGUCAACCAAUCGCCCAACCGAAGACACCAACCCAGAUUCCAGCAGUGACAAUACUGGAGUGAUAGUGGGUGCAGUGAUGGGUCUUAUACUGGCAGUCCUCCUAUUCCUGGCCAUGGUUCUCCUGCUGGUCUUUAUACUGUGUCGGCGGAGGUAUACAAAUGAAGCGUAUGGCACUACCAGUGGUUCAGGAGAGAGAGAUAUCCCUACUGCAACAAAUGAGGCCUACAUAUCUACUGACAUCUCCACAUCUGGCAACCCAGCCUAUGGCACUACCAGUGGUUCAGGAGAGAGAGAUAUCCCCAUAGCAACAAAUGAGGCCUACAUAUCUACUGACAUCUCCACAUCUGACAACCCAGCCUAUGGCACUACCAGUGGUUCAGGAGAGAGAGAUAUCCCAAUAACAACAAAUGAGGCCUACAUAUCUACUGACAUCUCCACAUCUGGCAACCCAGCAUAUGGCACUACCAGUGGUUCAGGAGAGAGAGAUAUCCCAAUAACAACAAAUGAGGCCUACAUAUCUACUGACAUCUCCACAUCUGGCAACCCAGCAUAUGUCCCAGCUCAAGCGUCCUCCACCGGCUCAAGACGGCUCCCCAGCCCAUACAAGACGGCACGCUCCACCUCAUUCCGUUCUGCGAGACGUCUCUGGUCUGAGUCCCAUUCCUGGUUCUGUCAUUCCCCCAUUCCACAGUACUGGUACCAGGACAGCUCCAUCGUAGCCUCGCCCACUCUCAGGGAGACCCUAAUGUCAAUCUUGUUUGGGGCCACUGAACUGGACUUCCAGUUGCAGCUGGAGUCAGCUGCCUUCCUGGACGAGACCUGGGUCAUUCCUGUGUUCAUUCCUCACAAACUGCCACCAAUAAAAACUCUGGACAUUCGAGUUGGAUACUGCACUGGUAGAGCCAUAGUGGUGGAGAUCGAGAAAGGCUGUCUCGCUGAGAAGAUAUCUGCAGAUCCUGCUGAUAUCAAUGUUCUUCCGGAAUAUUCCAGAGACCCGAGAGUGGUGAGCAAUCUCCUGGACGGAGUGCAUCACACGAAGGACGACCUGCACAUGUGGCUGGCUCCCUUCACGCCCUCACAACCUCACACCAUCACCAUCUCCCUCUCUUCCCCAACCUCCCUCGCUGUCGUCAGAGUCUGGAACUACAACAAGUCUCGCCUAUCGUGGGGUACGGGACAUGGAGAUGUGGCUGGACCAGCAGCUCAUCUUCAGAGGAGAGAUCAGAAGGCAAGCCCUUGUCAUUCACUCCCUCCACAUACAGUAGUUGAGCCAGUGGAGGAAUUCUGGACAGAUCCUCAAACUGUGGAGAGGUCAGUCUGCCACACUAUUUUGAAGAUUGGUGAAUUUGGAUACGAACUGACUGUGUCAGAAACAACACCAAUCAUGUUCAAUAAUGGAGACAUGUUCUGGAUUAGACAUGGAGGUAGAGGUCUGAGACUACUACACCAGGUGGGAGACGAGGAGAGGAAUAUUUGCCAGUCGUUUGAACCUGAGCCGGAGAACUGUGAGCCUGACUAUGACUACCCUUUAUUGGCCAUUGAAACAGGACUUGCAGUAGAUGGAGAAGUCUCACUGACUAUCAGUCAGAGACAUGCAGGUAGUCAGAUUGGCUUCCUUCACAAUGGCCAGACUGACACUCCACUCAUCUCCCUGGAUGUCAGUGGAGAGUGCAGCUCUAGUCAGCUACUGCAGCUCAUGGAAAUGACUGCUCUCUACAUCCCCUACAUUAUUGAGAGAGAAGGUGAUGACUUUGAAUACGAAGACCUGAACAUCAUACAAAAUAGCAUCCUCGUGAACUGGACUUUUGUCGCAAGGAAUAUCGGAGAAGGAGAGGAAUACCCUAACCUUUUAAAAAUUAUGGGUUUUACACAAAACACCAUCAAUAACAUCAACUGUACUGAGACUCCCUAUCCCAAUGUGUAUGAGUGCAGUGUGACUCCUGAACUAUUUAAAGCUGGAGACAUCAUUGGUAUUGCUUUGCCAGCCAACAGCAGUGCUCGACUGCUACUCAGUUUCCUCUUCAGCGAUAGAGGUCCAAUUGGUUACAGUCUGGAUGGAAAUGAGAAUUUAGAAGGUGUUCCCCUCAUCACAUUGGGAGUGGUUCCCCACAAGAGCUCCUUGGCAACACCUACUAGUGUGCCCACUAGUACUUCCAGCAAAACAUCUACUAGUACUUCCAGCAAAACAUCUACUACUAUCAUCAGUGACUCACCUUCACCAACCACAGAAGACAGUAGUGGUGUAAAUAUUAUUGUCAUUGGAGUGUUGGCUCCUCUGUGUCUGGUUCUCCUGACAGUCUCAGUUCUAUCAAUACUGAUACUCCUGUCUGUGAGGCAAAGGAGAAGGAAAAGACCUCAACUAACUGACAAUGUUGCCUACAACAUUCAUGAUCACAACUUGAAUACAAAUGAAGCCUAUGGGACAGUGGACAAUGAUGAUGUUGCAGCUACUACCAACCCAGCCUAUGGCACUACCAGUGGUUCAGGAGAGAGAGAUAUUCCUACAGCAACAAACGAGGCCUACAUAUCUACUGACAUCUCCACAUCUGGCAACCCAGCAUAUGUCCCAGCUCAACAUUUUAGCAUUAUAUUAUGUGGGGAUAGUUUUGAAUGUGGCAGUGAUAUUCUGCGCAUGCGCCGAAAGACGUCGAUAAGUGGGCGGAGUCGGGCAGGCAUGGCUACUGCAGCAGUGCCAGAGAGCUCCCAACAUCCUCUGCUGCAGGAGUUGAAUGGCGUCCUCCACCGGCUCAAGACGUCUCCCCAGCCCAUACAAGACGGCACGCUCCACCUCAUUCCGUUCUGCGAGACGUUGGAGCUCGUCUUCCGUCACGGACUCAAACAGCCCAACUCGUGGUUUGGACUCAACAAGCAGGACUACUGGUCGUGGAUUGAGCCUCUCCAAGAUUACUACUUCAACGAGAAGCAAAAUCCGCUGCUGAGAGACGCCGUUCAAGAAGUUUGCGCCUCACCUCAUUUGCGAACUCUGCAGGGAAAGGGAAGGUGUUUCCUGAGAAUCGCGCUCUGCAAGAAGUUAAUUUCCGUUCCAUUUCAGCAUCUGGUGAAGAACAGUCGACUCACUAGUUACUGGUACCAGGACAGCUCCAUCGUAGCCUCGCCCACUCUCAGGGGUAAGCCCCUCUUAAUUAUCUCCUCUCUCACCCCUCCCCUCCUGACAGAGACCCUAAUGUCAAUCUUGUUUGGGGCCACUGAACUGGACUUCCAGUUGCAGCUGGAGUCAGCUGCCUUCCUGGACGAGACCUGGGUCAUUCCUGUGUUCAUUCCUCACAAACUGCCACCAAUAAAAACUCUGGACAUUCGAGUUGGAUACUGCACUGGUAGAGCCAUAGUGGUGGAGAUCGAGAAAGGCUGUCUCGCUGAGAAGGCAGGUGUGGAGCCGGGGGACUGUCUGGUGGAGUUGUGCGGGGAGCCAGUGUACCACGUGCAGCACCAGAAGUUGAGACAUCUCCUGGUUGCCAAGCCAGUGGACACCACUGAUCUGGUCAUCGUGAAGAACCUUCUUCCCGAUGGAUGUCCCUUCUACCCCAUCUCCUCUCGCAAACUACAGCUAGACUCCGCUCCUCCAUCCUCCCCCAGAUCCCCAAAAUCACCGCCUUCUAUCCAAUCACUCUUCUCCAAGUCGCCCUCUCCACCUACUCUCCCAUCUCCCACAAGCUCCGCCCAUUUCACUCCGCCCUUCCCAUCUCCGUCUAAUUCUCCUUCCAUCUCUCCCUCCGUCUCCCCAGUUCCCUAUUCCGAGUACCACGUAGCUUUCCUCGGUCGACUCAACAGACUCUAUGACACCCCCAACCAGUCCUUAAUCAAUGAUGUCAUCGCUAGAGUGUUGACCACGCCCACCGACCCCUGUGACCUUGUCAUCAGAGUGGGAAAGUCGGAGUGCUGUGAAGUGAAGUGGAUGGCUUCUGUCUUCGUCAAUUUGAGAGCAAAAUGGACGAUAUUCUCUCCUUUCUUCCACCAUUCGACAGCAUGCAGCGGCUGCAGGAAUCCAUUCACUACUAGGUUCUGUUCCUCUUCGUCCUCUGAUGACACCACUGAACAACUGGAGACCUUCGAGGGACCAAUUCCCAGAGAGAAGCUGAGCGUAACAUACAGCAAGAGCAGUGGUCCUGGUGGACAGAACGUGAACAAAUUGAACACAAAGGCAGAGGUGAGGUUCCAUGUGGCCUCAGCUGACUGGUUGCCCCAGAGAGUGAGGGAGAGACUACUGACUUUGUUCAGGUCGCGGAUCACGAGGGAAGGGGAGAUGAUAAUCACUUCACAGGAGCACAGAUCACAGCACAGGAAUCUGGAGGCGGCUGUCGCCAGACUGGAGGGAAUGGUUUGCACAGCGUCUGAGGUACCACGAGGACCGUCUGGACUGACUCUGGCCAGGAUCAGAGUUCUGAAGAAGAAGGCCCAGCAGAGAAAGAGAGUAGAGAAGAAAUACCAUUCACAGAAGAAACACGACCGCAGAACAACUGACAUUGACUAACAACACACCAUUCUCUCAGUCAUACAACACUAUAUACACAGAGCUA